UGCACGCUUCCGUUCAUCGUUUCGUUUGACAUUGUCAAGAUGGCCGCGGCCGUAACGAGCCGCCUGACCGCCGCUGUCUGCAGACAAUUUCAGCGUGUUGUUACAGUCUCUUCAUACACACAGCCUCAAUGUGCGACUCAAGCGUUCUCCAAAUUUCAUUCGUGUCAACGAAGACAAACGUAUGACUCGUGGUGGUUCAGAAGCUCCAUGAAUAACCGAGCACUCCACACAUCCUGUGUCAGGAGAGGACUGGAAGAGUUUUUUGACCUGCCAGAGAACUGGGGUGAACAAACAGUGAAAUCAGGUGCUCCAUGGACUGGCAAACAGCUUAGAGUGAAAAGUAACGAAGACUUACACAAACUUUGGUAUGUUCUUUUGAAGGAAAAGAACAUGUUACUCACUUUAGAACAGGAGGCAAAACGACAGCGUCUUCCGAUGCCCAGUCCAGAGCGCCUCAAAAAGGUUGAAAGGUCAAUAAAGCGUCUUGACACAGUUGUGACAGAACGUGAGGAUUCUCUGCGCUUACUGCAGACAGGACAAGAGAGAGGUAGACCGGGCGAAUGGCGCAGAAAUGUUUUUGGCAAAACCUUCUGGUACCGCUUCAAGGAACAUCCAAUCCCCUGGUACCUGAAUUCCAGAUACAAAAGGCGGCGAUUCUUUGAACCUUCACAUGUGGCCCCUUACACAAGGUUGAGCCUUGAAAAAUACCUGAGGAGUAAGAUACGGAAAGAAAAAAGAGAAAAGAGAAACCAAAAAAUGCUUGCCGCAAUGUUUCCAAAAAAGACUGCACUUGUGUGAAACCACUUAUAAGACUUUUCGCAUUUAAUAUUAUCUUUUCAUCAUGUAACAUUUUUUUCAUUUCUCUACAAGUUUUGAAGAUUCAAAAUAUGUUGUACGGUCAAAUAAUAAAUUCAAACCUGUAACUGAGACUGCUGUUUUGUAUAUA